UCCAAUUAUUUCUCUUAUUCCCAGUUUCAGGCGUGCUUAUUUUUUGAAGAUCCCUGUUAACCAAGAUCGAAACGAAGAAGAACAAUAGGACGCACCGUCACUGAUGGCUACGAUCUUAGCUCGCAAGUCGCUUAAUGCUCUUCGGGCUCGACAGCUUGCUGUUUCAGGGCAAGCAUUACAGUGUUCUCCCAAUUAUGGACUUCGAUAUGAUGCACACUUCUUCAGCACCAAAAAAGAUGAUGAAGAAAGAGAGCAACUUGCUAAGGAGAUAUCCAAGGACUGGAGUUCUGUUUUUGAGCGCAGCAUAAACACAUUAUUCCUCACUGAAAUGGUUCGUGGUCUGAUGCUUACAUUGAAAUACUUCUUUGAGAGAAAAGUUACUAUAAAUUAUCCAUUUGAAAAAGGACCUUUGAGCCCUCGUUUUCGUGGGGAACAUGCUCUUCGACGAUAUCCAACUGGGGAGGAACGGUGCAUUGCUUGCAAACUUUGCGAGGCUAUAUGUCCCGCACAAGCAAUCACGAUAGAGGCAGAGGAGCGAGAAGAUGGAAGCCGUAGGACAACGAGGUAUGAUAUUGACAUGACCAAGUGUAUAUACUGCGGUUUCUGCCAAGAGGCUUGCCCCGUGGAUGCAAUUGUUGAAGGACCCAAUUUUGAAUUUGCAACAGAGACUCAUGAGGAGCUUCUGUAUGACAAAGAGAAGCUACUUGAGAAUGGGGAUCGCUGGGAAACUGAGAUUGCAGAAAACCUUAGAUCUGAGAGUCUCUACCGUUGAUGUUGCUUUGACAGUGCUGUUAAUCAGAUUUUCUUGGCUUGAAUUUUGCAGAAAAAUAAAAUGACCAGUGGAUGGAUCUUGAAAAUACUUGUAUUAUUGGCUUUGUGAGUCAGUAAUGUUUUGCUGAUGCUGAAGUUACUCUUUCAUGUGUAUGGGGAUGAAUUGUUUGUCGUACCCUGCCAAGGUGUACUAAAUUUAUGGGGCGCAGUGCACUAAAUUGAGUUAUAUUGUUCUGA